AUGUCGACCCCGCCGGUCAAGAAGGCAUGUGAUGCAUGCCAUCGACGGAAAGUACGUUGUUCAGGAGGCCAACCAUGCAACAAUUGUGGCCAGGCCACUCUUCACUGCACAUAUCUUGCUGUGCCACAGAAGAAAGGUCCUAAAGGGUCGCGGGCCAAAGUCAUUUCAGAGAUCCGGGGCACUCAACAGCAGUCGAGUCCUCCCCGACCAACAUCGAACCAUGCGACAAACCCGUUUGUGUUCGACUUCAACAGCCCACCUACGUCUCCUCCGUCCGCACGGAGGCCAGCCCUUCUCUCCCAGGAUACGAUGGAGAUUUGUGUCGACUUCUUCUUCGUGAAGAUGUGUACGACGGCCUGGAUUCUGGAUCGUCAGACGCUGUCAGACCUCAUUACAUCUCGCUUCGCCGACGACGCUGAAGUGUACUGUCUCGCAGCAUCCCUCUGCGCGUUUGUGAUGGUUCAGCCUGGCAUGAAUCUCGCCGUCGCGCCGGGUAGCCAUUAUGAAGGCGAACCCCCGGAGAAUCGGUAUGGGUACGCAAACAUGCUCCUGGACGAUAUCAUUCGUGUGCGGAAAUCUGUCGAUUAUAUAGGAUCGCCAACUUUGAGCUCUGUCCAGAUUUCUUUCUUCCUAUUCAGCUGCUAUUUCACUCUCGAAAAACAGAAUAUGUGCUGGUUUCAUCUACGUGAAGCCGCCACCUUGGCACAGAUCAUGGGCAUGCACGAGGAAGCCUCCUAUCUGACCUUGGAUCCUAUCGAGAGUAUCUACAGAAGGAGAACCUAUUGGUUACUGCUGGUCACAGAAAGAGCGUACGCUCUGGAAAGACAUCGCCCUCUGAGCCUUCACGCUACAAUCGAGCUACCGGACGCCAGAGGAACCGCGGAAGAAGAAAGCAUCUCCGGAUUUUUGCACCUCAUCAGCCUUUUCCGCUGUAUUGAUGAUGAAUUCAUGGCGUUAUGGAACAAAGCGAAGAGCCAGUGUACGGCUAGUUGGUUUUCACAACUGCAGCAACGGCUCAGCAACGCCCUACCCAGUACGCCCGAGACAACCGAAAGUCAGAUAGCGGACAUUAAGGUCACAUUGCACUGGUUGCGCAUCAUGGUCUGGCAACUCUCCAUCACCAACGGCUGUCUGUCCUCGAGUUCGUUGGAUCUGUCCUUGACCUUCAAAUUUCCAAUACAGGUAGCGCGGGAUUUGAUCCAAGAUGUUGCGAACAUAUCUCUGGAUGCCAUGGAAGUCCACGGAAUUGGACUGAUUGAGAAACUAUUUGACGUGGCAUGUACGUUGACGGAUGUUAUCUCUUGCGUGCCUCUGGAGCCUGCAGCAACGACCCCUGAAGAUGAGACACCGCUGGCGUAUUUGAACCAGCUUCUCAAUCUGAUCUCACAACUCCGAUCCGGUGCCUCUCGCUACUUGCCUCUGCUGCUCACCAAGGUAUUUGAGAACCUGCCAAACAUGGCACCACCGAUCGGCCCAAUGCCUUUGAGCAUUAAGCAAGGCUAUGCUGGAGCGAGCGACAACGUUCCAACACCCAUACCACCGAAAGGUCUCCAGAUCCCCUUGUCUGCCGGACUCGGCAGUUUCGGACGGCCCAUGACAGGUGUGGUCACUGUGCAACAUUUACAGGCACAACAGAGACCAGCCUAUAAUGAUCAAGCCUUGAAUCUACCCGCAUACAGCUCUAGUUCGCAGGAAAGUGAAACAACCAUGACUCCGUCUCCGAUGGGGACACCGCCUAUGCCUUCGGGCCCUCCCGGGAAUGUUGUAGUGCAACUGCACAGUCAGCUACCUUUACCUCCUGUGCCGAGAAGCGUGCCCACCGUUGUGGGAGCGGCAGUCCACUUGCAUGACUACCCUGGAUGA